GAUGGCCCCCCCAGGGCAGGCCCUGCGGACACCCCUCCCUCCGGCUGGCGGAUGCAGUGCCUAGCGGCCGCUCUUAAGGACGAAACCAACAUGAGUGGGGGAGGGGAGCAGGCCGACAUACUGCCGGCCAACUACGUGGUCAAGGACCGCUGGAAGGUGCUGAAAAAGAUCGGGGGCGGGGGCUUUGGUGAGAUCUACGAGGCCAUGGACCUGCUGACCAGGGAGAACGUGGCCCUCAAGGUGGAGUCAGCCCAGCAGCCCAAGCAGGUCCUCAAGAUGGAGGUGGCUGUGCUCAAAAAGCUGCAAGGGAAAAGCCACGUGUGCAGGUUCAUUGGCUGUGGCCGGAAUGAGAAAUUUAAUUACGUAGUGAUGCAGCUCCAGGGCCGGAACCUGGCCGACCUGCGCCGCAGCCAGCCGCGAGGCACCUUCACGCUGAGCACCACGCUGCGGCUGGGCAAGCAGAUUCUGGAGUCCAUUGAGGCCAUCCACUCUGUGGGCUUCCUGCAUCGUGACAUCAAGCCGUCCAACUUUGCCAUGGGCAGGCUGCCCUCCACCUACAGAAAGUGCUACAUGUUGGACUUCGGGCUGGCCCGGCAGUACACCAACACCACAGGGGACGUUCGGCCACCCCGGAAUGUGGCCGGGUUUCGAGGGACUGUUCGUUAUGCAUCAGUCAAUGCCCACAAGAACCGGGAGAUGGGCCGCCAUGAUGACCUGUGGUCGCUCUUCUACAUGCUGGUGGAGUUUGCAGUGGGCCAGCUGCCCUGGAGGAAGAUCAAGGAUAAGGAGCAGGUAGGGAUGAUCAAGGAAAAGUAUGAGCACCGGAUGCUGCUGAAGCACAUGCCUUCUGAGUUCCACCUCUUCCUGGACCACAUCGCCAGCCUCGACUACUUCACCAAGCCCGAUUACCAGUUGAUCAUGUCGGUGUUUGAGAACAGCAUGAAGGAGCGGGGCAUCGCUGAGAAUGAGGCCUUUGACUGGGAGAAGGCGGGCACUGAUGCCCUCCUGUCCACGAGCACCUCCACUCCACCCCAGCAGAACACCCGGCAGACGGCAGCCAUGUUUGGGGUGGUCAACGUGACGCCAGUGCCCGGGGACCUGCUCCGGGAGAACACCGAGGACGUGCUGCAGGGCGAGCACCUGAGUGACCAGGAGAACGCACCCCCAAUCUUGCCUGGGCGGCCCCCUGAGGGGCUGGGUCCCAGCCCCCACCUGGCCCCCCACCCUGGGGGUCCUGAGGCUGAAGUCUGGGAGGAGACGGAUGUCAACCGGAACAAACUCCGGAUCAACAUCGGCAAAACCCCUUGUGUGGUGGAAGAGGAGCAGAGCCGAGGUGUGGGGGUCCCUAGCUCCCCGGUGCGUGCCCCUCCAGACUCACCGACAACCCCAGUGCGUUCUCUUCGCUACCGGAGGGUCAACAGCCCUGAGUCUGAGAGGCUUUCCACAGCGGAUGGACGGGUGGAACUGCACGAGAGGAGGUCACGAAUGGAUCUGCCCGGCUCCCCCUCGCGCCAGGCCUGCUCCUCGCAGCCGGCCCAGAUGCUGUCAGUGGACACGGGCCACCCCGACCGGCAGGCCAGCGGCCGCAUGGACGUGUCGGCCUCCGUGGAACAGGAGGCCCUCAGCAACGCCUUCCGCUCUGUGCCGCUGGCUGAGGAGGAGGACUUUGACAGCAAGGAGUGGGUCAUCAUUGACAAGGAGACAGAGCUCAAGGACUUCCCCCCGGGGGCCGAGCCCAGCACAUCGGGCACCACGGACGAGGAGCCUGAGGAGCUGCGGCCACUGCCUGAGGAGGGCGAGGAGCGGCGGCGGCCAGGGACAGAGCCUAGCGUCAGGCCCCGGGGCCGAGGCAUGCAGACUCUGGCCGAGGAGGACCCUCGGCAGACUCCAUUCCAGCCCCUACCACCCCCGCUGAGCCAGGCCGAAGGCCGGUCAGAGACGUCACAGCCCCCCACGCCCGGCAGCCCUUCCCACUCGCCCCUGCACUCGGGACCCCGCCCUCGACGGAGAGAGUCGGAUCCCACAGGCCCGCAGAGACAGUUGGAGGAGGACAGACUCUCGGGGCACUCCCUCCCGCGGUACAGCCCUCUGCGACGACUGGCGUCCUCCGUGUUCUCCUCCUCCACGCUGGAGACCGAGCAUUACCCUCACCCUGGCGGCGGCGGCUCCUCCGGUUCCCUCAUUCAGCGCAGCCGCUCGGCGGAGAGCAGCCCCGUGCGGGCGCCCCACCGGCGCCACGCGCCCCUCGCCGCCGGCAACCACAGACUCGUGCCCUCGGUGCUCCGCAUCUCGCGGUCCCAGCUGCAGCAGGUGUUCUCCGUGGCGCCCCCGUUUGAGGUCAAUGGUCUCCCGCGAGCUGUGCCUCUGAGCCUGCCCUACCAGGACUUCAAGAAAGAUCUCUCUGAUUACCGAGAACGGGCUCGGUUGCUCAACAGGGUCCGGAGGGUGGGCUUCUCCCACAUGCUGCUCACCACCCCCCAGGUCCCACUGGCAACAGUUCAGCCCCAAGCUAAUGGGAAGGAGGAAGAGGAAGAGGAGGAAGAAGAGGAGGAAGAGGAGGAAGAGGAGGAAGAGGAGGAGCUCCAGCUGCAGAAGCCUCCAGGGUCGGCCGUGGCUGCUGACCUCCGCCCCAAACAGCCCCCCGGCCGGGGCCCGGGGCCCGGGAGAGCCCCAGCCGGCGCCAGGCCCCCCGCCCCGCGCAGUCCAGGCCCCUCCGCCUCCGCCGCGCCGCGCCACCCCAACGCGUCCCCCCGGAGCCAGUCCCUGUCCCGCAAGGAGAGCUCCUCGCCCUCGCACCAGGCCCGGCCCGCGGGGCCCCCGCCCCGGGGCGCCCCGCAGCCGGCCACACUGAAACAGCUCCCAGCACAGCCUUACGCGCCUGACGCGCGCCACCCGCGGCCCCAGCUUCCCGCCUGCACCCGCGAGGACGCGCGCCGGCCCGGCCCCGAGGGGGCCGCCGCGCUGCGGGGGGAGGGCCCGCCUCCCGGUCCUCCGCCCCCUCUCCGUGACCCCUGCCCUCCCCCUGCCGCCCUUCGGAUACCUUCUCCCAAACUAGGCUCCAUCACCACCAUCACCACCAACAUCACCAUCAACGCUACUAGCCCUUGA